GUUGCUAGGCUCUGUCACGUGCUUCCGCUUUCAGGUGUUCUUGUUCUCGAAGUUGGAGCGAAUGGAGUCUCGCUUUCGGUUGUCGUCGCUGCAUGCAUUUGUCUCGACCGAUGCGGCGUAAAGAAACAAAGACCGAAACGAGUGGUCGUUCCCAGCUGCACUCGCAGCUGCGCGAACGUAGCAGCGAUGACACCCAACGGUGCUCGGAUUCGCGCGCAAUCUAGGAAGGAAGUGUACGACAGGCUCCACAGGAUACGCCUGGAACUUGAGGACCUGAGGCGUCAUUGCGGUCGAAGUGACAACGAUGCUGUCGAGGCCCUCAAGCGGAACUUGUAGAGAGCAGGAAGAGGAAAUCGAGCGUUUGAAGACAGAACACGAGGAAGCACAAGAACAAAUAAAGUACCUGAAGAUGCUUUUGUCUGUGAAGGGAACAGAUCAAACCGAAUUGGUCAAGGCUAAAACUUGCAUUGAUCACAAUGCUAAUUCACAGUUACUUCAAGACCAACUACUGGACAGAUUGUGGGCUGCCGAAAAGCAUGCCUGGAGCUUGGAAGCUGAACGAGACAAUCUCAACAUCCGGCUUUCAGAAAAGGUGCUUGAACUCAACAAGCUGCAGCUCCUCUACUCCAAUCAAUCAAUGAAACUGUUGGUGGCAGAGCGAGACCGCGCAACAUCAAGCUCAUCGAGGGAAACGUCAAGCUGUGACUUGUCCAUCAAGUGACAUUCGACGUGUGGAUCUGCUGAUUGUGCACUUUGAAACGUGGUCUAUGUGUCGUAAUGGACGGCAGGGAUAACGUCUCAGGCAUACAUCUGUUUUCUGGAUUGCAGUAUCGGUGCCAAAUAAUAGUGUCUCAAGGAUUUAAAAGAGCUCUACCUUGAUUUAUAUUUUUUUGUUGCUUUGUAGGAAGGUAAAAUAGUUUCAUGGAACAAAUAUUAUGAUUGUUGACUUUGUGGGUGGUUUCUGUUGCCCAGCGCAGGACACUCAUCUAGUGUCACGGGUUGCUGCAUCUUGCCGUCUAUCUUUUGUGCCGCAAAAGUUGAGACCAGCAUAGCAGCGUAUUUUACUCAGACUUUCAAUGCUUGUUGUGUUUUUAGGAGCAAUUUAUCAAGCUUGUUCACAAAUUUACUCUGAGAGAGAUAUAUAUGGCAAACAUGUUCCUGAUUGAAUUUUCUUUAAUAAAGAGCAUAUGAAUUUGAA